CACAGCCAUACUCGUAGAAGGAGGAGUUCUGCGCAGAGAGAGCGCCAAGCUCCUCCGCCGACGCCUCGCCAAGCAGCACCGGGCUCCCAGCGUCCGGCACUCCGCGUACAUCCUGUGGAUUCAUACCAGCCCAGCAGCGCGCUUGCUUCGCCCUCGCCCUACGCUCCAGGCGCUACAGAUCGUGAUCCAAUGAUCGAGGCGGUCAGCCCCCGCGGCCUGAACGCUGGAGAUGUCAGUCGCAAAAAGAGCUUGGUGCGUCCGGAGCGGCGGCGCAUGGAUCCCCACGAUCCAGAUUACCAUUACAGGAGACACGCAGAGAACAUGAAUGUUAUGCCGUCAACCACUGGCAGAGAUCCUCAGAUGGAGGCCGACAUGCAGACAUUGAGUUCAGAUCCCUCUACCAAGCUGAACGGCGAGGAUGCUGUGCCAUUGCAGGAGAAAACUGCAACUCGUCCAUCCCCGAGAAAUCCCAACAAGCUGAGCAGGAAGGCCGCCAAGAAGGAGCGCGAGGCAGAAGACGCGGCCGUGAGACGGAAGAAGAUUGACACUGCAGCCGGAUCGAUUAGUCUUUGGACCGCCUACAGCCACAUGGUCACUUUCUGGUGUCCCAACGUCAUUCUGCGCUGCUUUGGCAAGAAGCAGAAGGAGCAGCAGCGGGCGUGGAGGGAGAAGGUGGGCUUGAUCUCCAUCAUUCUGUUGAUCAUGACCUUCGUUGGAUACUUGACAUUCGGUUUCACCCAGACUGUUUGUCCUCAAGGUGGCCCUCUCCGACUUCGAAUCAACAAAGUCGGCGGUGGAUACAUGAUUUUUCAUGGCAAGGCCUACGAUUUGACACGAUCCCAGCACCCUCUUGCGAGAGGCAUUGCAGAGGGUGCCAACGUGCUUUGGGAUGUCGACCCACCCGGUGCAGGAAUGGAUGGCAGCUUCCUCUUUCAGAACGUGAAUGGAGCUUGCAAAGGCUUGAUUACUGCUGCGCAGAACUCCGAUGUGCCCACUGAUUCCUCCGGCAAUCUGGCGUGGUACUUCCCCUGCAACAUGUACAAGCAGGAUGGCUCAUCCAGCCCAAACACGAGCAUUCCGUACUACCUCGGGUACGCAUGUCACACUUCCCGUACCUCGCGCAACGACUUCUACGGUCUGAGGUCCUCGGGUGAUGUCUACUUCAACUGGAACGAUGUUCGAAAUGCCUCUCGUAACCUUAUGGUCUACUCUGGGGAUGUGUUGGAUCUUAACCUGCUGCAGUGGUUCAACUCCUCUCAGGUAGCUGUGCCGGACAAGUUCAACGAGAUCCGUCUUAAUCAGGCGGUGCGUGGAAAGGAUGUCACCCUCGCCUUCUCGAGUGGAGAGAACAAGCAAAUCGCGCAGUGCUUCCAGGACAUCAUCAAGGUGGGCUCAAUCGAUACCGAGACCGUUGGCUGCAUCGCUUCCAAAGUCGUGCUGUAUGUCUCCUUGAUCUUUAUUCUGGGCAUCGUGGUCAUCAAGUUCGCUCUCGCGCUGCUGUUCCAGUGGUUCUUGUGCCGAAAGUACGGCGCUGAUAAGACGAGUAUGAGCAAGAACAAGAAGGAGCGCCAGCAGCAGAUCGAGGAAUGGACCGACGACAUCUACCCUCCGGCUCCCAAAAUCACCGAACCUGCAUCGGUCGGUGGCACAAAUCACACCCCCAGGCGUGCGAGCUUCCUGCCGACCACGUCUCGCUUCACAAGUCCGUAUGCGAUUGAGAGAAGCAUGGCCAAGACCAGGGCUCCUCCAACGACCAUGGUCUCUCAGAGCUCUUCCAACCGAUUGACCGUCGGCAACGCUGCUUCCUUGUAUGGCAACACCAAUCGCUCCGAAGGCACUUUACCCACCUACGAUGCUCGAGAAUCCGAGUCGAGAGCAAGCUUGAUGGACUCCCAACGCUAUAGCUCUGUGCUCCACACCGACACCGAGACGACGGGACCUCAGGGCUUCAUCCACGAAGCAGUCGUGCCACAGCCUCCACCAGAAUGGCAGCCUUUCGGUUUCCCGCUUGCACAUACCAUCUGUUUGGUCACCGCUUACUCCGAAGGCCCCGAAGGGAUUCGUACCACUCUCGACUCCUUGGCCAUGACCGAUUACCCCAACAGCCACAAGUUGAUCUACGUGGUUUGCGAUGGUCUUGUCAAGGGUAAAGGAGAGGCCAUGUCCACACCCGACGUCUGUGUCAGCAUGAUGAAAGAUUUUUCGGUUGUGCCAGACGAGGUUCAGCCAUAUUCUUACGUUGCUGUUGCCGCCGGCAGCAAGCGUCACAACAUGGCCAAGGUCUACUGUGGCUUCUACGACUAUGGCGCGGAUAGCAUCAUUCCUGUAGAAAAGCAGCAACGCGUGCCUAUGAUCACCGUGGUCAAGUGUGGCACGCCAGCCGAAGCUGGAUCGGGAAAGCCUGGCAAUCGUGGCAAGCGUGACUCGCAAAUCAUCCUCAUGUCCUUCUUGCAAAAAGUCAUGUUCGAUGAGCGGAUGACGGAGCUGGAAUACGAGAUGUUCAAUGGGAUCUGGAAGUUGACCGGCAUAUCUCCCGACUUCUACGAAAUAGUCCAAAUGGUUGACGCUGACACCAAAGUCUUUCCGGAUUCGCUCACCCACAUGGUUUCUGCAAUGGUCAAGGACCCAGAGAUCAUGGGCCUUUGCGGAGAGACGAAGAUUGCCAACAAGACUCAGUCUUGGGUCAGUAUGAUCCAAGUCUUUGAGUACUUCAUUUCGCAUCACCAGGCCAAGUCAUUCGAAUCGGUGUUCGGGGGUGUCACCUGUCUGCCAGGAUGUUUCUGCAUGUAUCGUGUCAAGUCGCCCAAGGGUGCUCAGGGCUAUUGGGUUCCUAUUCUGGCCAAUCCGGACAUUGUCGAGCAUUAUUCGGAGAAUGUCGUCGAUACUCUUCACAAGAAGAAUUUGCUGCUUCUCGGUGAGGAUCGAUAUCUGUCUUCGCUCAUGCUGAAGACAUUCCCCAAGCGCAAGAUGAUGUUCAUACCACAGGCCGUCUGCAAGACCACUGUCCCGGACACUUUCAAAGUGCUCGUGUCGCAACGUCGACGUUGGAUCAACUCCACCAUCCACAACCUCAUGGAGCUCAUCAUGGUCCGCGAUCUUUGCGGUACCUUCUGCUUCUCCAUGCAGUUUGUGUUGUUCAUCGAGCUGGUGGGUACACUGGUUCUUCCUGCCGCAAUUGCCUUUACCAUCUACGUCGUUGCCAUCUCCAUCAAGGCCGGCAUCGAACAUACCGAGAUCCCGAUUAUUCCUCUGGUUCUUCUUGCGCUCAUCCUUGGUCUUCCUGGUGUUCUGAUCAUCGUCACGGCCCACCAUGUCAGCUAUGUGAUGUGGAUGUUCAUCUACUUGCUUUCACUGCCGAUUUGGAACUUGCUGCUCCCCACCUACGCAUUCUGGCAUUUCGAUGACUUCUCCUGGGGAGAUACUCGGCAGGCCGCAGGUGAAAAGAAGGGCGCUGGCAAGGACGGUCAUGACGCCCAUGGUCAGUUCGAUUCAAGCAAGAUCACCAUGAAGAGGUGGCGUGACUUUGAGCAGGAGCGCAGAUUGCGAGGAUUCCAAUGGAUGAACAGCAGCACGACCAUGUACGGCCAUGGCGGCAGUGGCUCUCCAAGCAUGCAUGGUAGUGUCCAGCACAAUGGCAUGCCAGGUCACGAGAGGAAGGUCAGUAGCUUGAUGCUUUAGGAUGACGAUCUGACUGCUGGACCUUCUUCCGAACGUAGGAGCUGGGCAAGCGACAGCAUGGUCAUUCGCGUCGCCGGGAAUCCACUUCCGCCUGGCGGGUGCUACGACUCCGGACCACAAUCAGAAUCAAUGCCCGAUCUGGUUCGUGGCAGACGGUUGAAGCGUAGCAAGGAGAGGUCGCAAGACCUAGAUAAUGAGGAGAUUGGUAUUGCUUUAUGAAGGAGCAGAGCAUGGCUCUCGAACCAGCAUGUGUGGGUGAUACGAAAGAGUGGUUGCACAGGACGAGCCAGAAAUAAAAGUUUCCCGAGGAAGGCAUGAUCUAUUUAUUGUUUGAAGGUCGAUUCUUUCUUGGACUGUCAGUCAUUACAUGGAAACACAGAUUUGUAUAUAUGGGCAGGUGUCGCUUUGCAUGACGAGCGCGUCAGGAAGAGAAGAGAGCGCUUCACACUGCCUCUUGCGGAGUUAUUCCAGUUUUAAUGAAU